GAUGGAAUCCCAGACAUGUGCCGCCGCACCUGCCUCGGCAAAGGCUGCAAAUGUUCAAGGUGGGGCUGGUGAGUUCACUUUCCCGCCUUUGCCGCCUCUAGUGGUCAGCGACUUCACAGGUGAGGUGCCAUUACCACAGGAUUUCCCAGGCUUUGGCGAAUCGUCGGACGGCAGCUUCAGUCGAGUUAGCCUAGUUUGCGAGCGUGUCGGGAACGACCUACACCUCACUCAGCUUGAAUUCCCGGAAGACUGGGAAGAGGACCCGUCACAGGUCCCCGAUGCUUGGACGCCUCCUGGUGUGGAGACCUUGGAGCGAGCCGAUAGGGAUGUGGCCAGUCUGAUGCGAGACAUUUUCGGAAGCGACGAUUCUCAUGUAGGGCACAUGGAAUCGGGGACAGCCUCGAAUGCACCCCGACAGCAGUCGGUUUCUUCGAUCCCUGUUCUUGACAAAGCUGCGUCGUUGGCCCAUGCAGAUGCCUCUGCUGAAGGGCUUAGCUUGGAAGCCCCCGGGGCAUUCGCUUCGACCGCGGGUGUCGUAGAUGAUGCUUUGGGUCGCAAGCAGGGGUCGAUCUUCCCGCCGAUCACACACAAUGCCCAGGCAGCUCGCAAACCUGAAGCCGGGUCCAAGGAUGCUCCGUCGGGUUCGAUUUUCGCCUGGGCCAUUGCGUUGGGUUCUGCAGCUCGCGAUCCCGCCGCGGAGCGAGAGCGUAAGAGGGAGCAAGGUAUCGGCAUGUGGAGUAGACUUGUGCUGAGGUACUCUGAGUGCUGCUCUCUUUUCGAGUGUGUCUGUCAGGGAAUGAGAAACAGAGAAGCGGGCUACGAGGACGUUGUACUGGCUGUUUCAGCUGCUGUGGAAGUGAAAUCACCGCACACCAUACACAAACGAGCUGCAUCCUUUUGGACCUUCGUUCGAUGGCUAGAUGUCCACGAGCCCUUAGCCCCGAGCAGGCUGCAUGAGGUGCAGGUGUGGAAUUUUGUGCAGUUCCUCAAGGAAACUUCUGCGCCGGCCUCCAAGGCUGCUUCUGUCCUGAGUGCUUUCAGGUUUGCUCACUUUGUGCUGGGGUUCCGUUUGUCGGGCAUAGUUGAUUCUAGGAGGAUUGCCGGAGCCACUGAGCAGCAGCUUGUGAACGUGCGCAAACUCCGCCAGGCUAAAGAUCUUACGGUCUCGCAGGUACUCGAGUUGCACGCAAGGUUGGAGUCGGGAGCCUUGCACUGCUUUGACCGCGCACUCCUCGCUUCUCUGCUGAUUAGGCUGUAUGCUAGGGCUCGCCCGAGCGAUUUCCUUUUCGUUGAGUCGGUCGAGGUUGACUGCCCGCCUGGAGCCGACUACCCGUUGUUAGUGUUCGAAGUUUCCCAGCACAAGGGGGCCAGGAAGGUGCAGCUUAAGACCAAGCUGCUGCCGAUCCUGGUUCCCAUGAUCGGGGUCCACGGAAAGUGCUGGAUUGAUGAAGCCUUGAGUGCUUUCCGGAAGGCGGGGAGAAGCUUGACUUCAGUUCGGGGUCCUCUGACCUUGGCGCCUGCCGAUGAAUCAGGGGUCGUCUCUUCGAGGAGGUCCAUCGCUUCCUCCGAAGUGGGCAAGAUGUUGCGAGCUUUCCUAGGUUUGCCUGAGGAGGUCACCGAUCCUUCGGCCCCCAGGGUCACUUCAUACUCGUUGCGAGGCACUUGCUUGGGAUGGGGAGGCAAGUUCGGGUUUGACGAGGACCUGAAAAGCAUCUUGGGGAGACAUGUGUCCUCGGUCAAGACUACGCAAGCCAUCUACAGCAGAGAACUGUCAGCUGCACCGGUCAGACGGCUUCAGGACAUGAUCAGAGAAGUUGCAGCCGGAAACUUCUUCCCUGAUAACAGUCGCUCGAGUUACUUCCCGAGGCGAGCAGUUGGUAACGAGGAGGUCACGAUCCGGGGCUCCGACAAAGGAUCAGAGAAGCUCAAUCCAGUCAAGGUUGAGGUGGUCAGCAGUGACGAGUCCGAGGCAGGGAACUCUGUUUCCUCGGACAAUGAGUGCAGCGAUUCCUCUCAGUCAUCGCAGUCUUCCUCCUCGUCGUCUGCGAGCGAGGCGGUUCAGCCUGCUGUUCGUAGGUGGAAGCGAGCCAAAGUCGAGGAGCCAGACCAGGUGUGGUAUGUGAACACUUCGAGUGGGGUCUUGCAUCUGCUUGCCAGCCCCGAUGAUGUUCCGAUGCUGCUCGCAUGUGGGCGACCCGUAAGUGGGAACUAUCGUGAAGCGACGAGGAUCGAAGUCAGUCGUGGCAAAGAGUGCCGGACCUGCCGGCGCAAUGUUGGCCUCAGUCGCGAAAGCCUCAGGGCGCUCGCGGACCAUGGGAUCGAUACUUUGAGCAAGCUGGCUUAUUCCUGUGGCCAGCCGGGCACGCCGCUGCCUCAAUCUGAGUUCGAUGAUUUCAUUUCCACGGUCAUGCCAGCGGCACUCUUGGGUGAGAAAGGAAGCGUGAAGCGGCUUCUCUUCGAGAGUCAAGCACUCCUGCUUAAUGAUCUCAGGGAACAGGUGACCCAGCCCGAUAAGUGGUCUACGCGAGACGUUCCGACGGUCGAACGUCAGAAGAGGAUGGAGGCCGUGCGUGCCAGCAUACCGGGUGUUGUGCUUGAGGGGUCCCUGGAGCCCUCCCAUGGUCUCUUGAAUGCAGCUUGUCGAAUGGAAAGAGAAGGGCAGCUUCGCUACAUAGCCCCCGAGCAGUGCGGCACUCGCAUGUAUGAGAUCCAGAAUGUUAAGGCCCAGAGUAAAAUCCUGUCAUUGGAGGAGGGCAAGUUGGCGAUUUCUGAGGAGAAAGGGUUGCCAGAAGUAGCCUGCGGGUCAGCCUUGUUAUUGCAAGAGGCUUUGAAGCGCCGAGGUGUAGCUCUCCAGUUCGCCGGUGUAGCCAGUUACGUGGCACAUGAAAGGUAUGUCCUCAAACUCUUUGGGCAUAUGGGGCGAGAGCCCCCGCCAGGCUAUGCAAGGACUAGUGUACACCAACUCCUUACGGCAGAUAGGCAGGUCUGGACGCGAAUGAUCGAAAACGAAAUCAGUCCGAAAAGGAGUGCAGAUGGGACAUACCCUGUUGAUCGGGCUCUGCUCCCCACACUUGAGACCUUUGACGUAACUGUAGCCCUCCUUCCGCGAAAGUCCGAGGAAAGCAAGAAGAGGGUCGCCACGCCGCACAAGCCCGGGGUUGAGCGAGACACUAAAAUUACGAAGCCCCCCAAGGGCAAAGGUAAAGGCAAGAAGGGCACAUGGCAGCCCAGUGUGCCGGAAGCCAUCCGUAAACUGGGUGGAGUUGCAGAGACUCCCGACAAGAAGCGCAUUUGCUUCUCCAGGCCGCUGUUACACCAGUCGCAUCGACCUCCGCUGGAGGUCAUGAUUCACCGUAAGCUUGCCGAUGUUUUGCAAUUGCUCACUAUGCUUGAGAGCGAGACCCCGGCGAGGGGACAAGAAGCGCCAACAAAGGCCGAUCUGGCCACGCCCAAAGGACAGGACUUGUGCAUGGAGUGGAUAUCGUCACCUAGGUUAGCCGGCCUUUUUGUGACUCCGCCUGCUCACUUGGGCAGUGCUUUGGACCAAUUCUUGGCAGCAGCCUUGUUACAUGUCCUCGGCCGAGGGGCGGUCUGUGUUUUGGCCCAGUCGGGCGAUGGGCCGUUCUGGACGUCCGACUGCUGGAGCAAGGUCUCUUCGCAUUUUACUUUUGUGUCGUGCCACGAUUGCGCAUACGAAGGAAACCACCUGAGCACUACCAUCUUUGCUGUCACCGAUCGCUCAUUUUCGAAGCUUGCUCGAUUUUGCCCGGGCAACUCGUGCCGCCAGGACCGUCUGCCUGAGUCCAAAUUGCAUGGCGCCCAUCCGGUGCGUCUUGCCAUGCAGAUAGCUUGCUGUUUUGCUCAACACUUCGUGCAAAAGGGCUGGCAAUCGCCCCCGCAAACUUUUGAUGCUUUUGAUCCUCGCUUGGAAGUUCCUAUGUCUCGUGCUUUGGCUGGUGCCCAACCUCGGGCCAGCAAGAUACCGCCACUAGUUAGUGAGCAUCAGCGGGUCCUAGUCUUGCAGCACCCUCCGGGGCUCGUGCUGCCGUGUCAGCCGAUGCAACGACUCAGAAACCCGUGGCCCGUGCCGCCACAGUGUGGUGCCACCCUGGCACACAUCCCGGCAAAAGCUCAGCUGCUCCGGCACGUGCCAAUAGUGCAAGCUGGGGGUAAAGAACUGGUGAAAGUUGAUUCUUGGGAGAUGGCUUGGGGGUUACCCUGGGAGCCUGAGGAGUUCAUGCAGAAGGCGUCCGAAUCAUGUCACCCAAGGUCGAUGGGCUCGGUGCUCCCGGCCCCCUUGAAUGAUACUCUUGAAUCCUUGGAUAAGUUGGGAGACGCCGAAGUUUCCGCUUUGAGGGCUAGGGUAAUCAAGGAGUGGUUGCACUUGGCGACUUCGUUGUCCUCCAAUGAGGCGGAGCUGAAGGCCAGCAUGCACCCCGAUGUCCGUGAGAUUACAGCAUCCAAACGCAUCCUCUUGUGGGAAGCUUUGCUUAAGAAAUACGAUUACCCAGACCAGUGUGUGUCGAGCCUUCUCAAGGAAGGCGUCCCGUUGGUGGGGCAUGACCCCGCCUUAGCAGCAGAAGUUUGCUCCAAGACCGAUAAGGAGCGCGAAGCAGGUUGGAUCGUUGGUCCCUUGUGCGAGUCCAGCUUGUGUGAUGGGAUCUUGGUUAGCCGUCGGUUCGGAAUCCAGCAAGGCCAGAAGGUAAGGUGCAUCGACAAUUUGACUUCUUCGGGGGUGAACCUUGCGGUGCAGGCCUAUGAGGCUCCGCAGCCUCAGUCUACAGACGUGGUUGCAUCCACUUGUCUUCGACUGCUGAAAUCCAUCAAGAAGAGAGCAGGCAAGGUCUUGUUCAAAAUCUUGGGCAAGGCGUUUGAUCUCACUGCAGCUUACCGGCAGAUGCCAGUCCACCCAGACACAGCCUGGGCAGCGUACGUUUGCUUCGUGCAUCCAGACACGAACGAGCGAGUGUACUUUCGGAUGAAGGCCAUGCCAUUUGGAUCGGCAAUGGCAGUCUACGCUUUCCUUAGGAUUAGUCAUUCCUUGUGGUUUCUCGGUGCAAAGGCAUUGCUUUUGCCUUGGUCGUCGUUUUUCGAUGACUUUGUCACUUUUGCGACGACGGGGUGCUCUGCGUCGGCAGAGGCGGCAGUAACGUCAAUGUUCAAACUCCUAGGUUGGGCGUUCGCCGAGUCCGGCGAAAAGGCAAAUGACUUUUCCGAGUGCUUCCAGGCGCUUGGAAUCAUGGUGGACCUUCGUGCAUGCCUUGAUGGCACCAUAAGCUUCAAGAACACUGCAAAGCGGGUCUCCGAGAUCAGGGCGUUCGUGGGCAAGGUGCUUGAGUCAGGUAGGUUGCCACAUCACGAGGCUCUAAGGCUCAGGGGUAGGUGCCAGUUCGCCGAUUCGCAAAUCUUCGGUCGUACUGGGAAGAAGUGCUUGGGUCUGAUCACUGCUCAUGCUUACGGCUUUGACGAUGUAAUCAGUCGCGAACUCAGGGCAUCACUCGAGAAGUUCCUGCUCCGGCUCGAGGUCGGGGCCCCGCGCUUGAUCAAGAUCCUUGAGGGCGGAUCAUGGCAUGUGUGCACAGAUGCUUCGUAUGAGCCAGGGGCAGGGCAUAGUUUCUGCGGCCUAGGAGGGGUGCUGGUUGAUCCUACUGGUGUUCCACGAACAUUCUUUUCACUUGUUUUGAGCGAUGCACAGAAAAACUUUCUUGGCGAGCAGAAUUCUGCACAGAUCAUCUUCCAGGCUGAAAUGCUAGCAAUGGCAGUGGCACUGGACGUAUGGUUGCAGGACUUGAUGGGGCACACGGCAAUCUUCUUUGUGGACAAUAACGGUGUGCGUGACGCAGCUAUCUCUGCGAAUGCCAGAGCUUCAGUCGCGAGACGGUUGUUGGAGGCGUUUCUGCAGAAGGAACAUAACUCCUCAAUCAUUCCGUGGUUCGCAAGGGUACCAUCCCCAUCGAACCCUGCAGACGAACCUUCAAGGGUUGAGCUUGACAGCUUGAGCUUGCUGGGGGUUCAACUCCUUCGUUCGAAUGUGACUCAAAGAGUCGACUCUUGCUUGAAGGAUGUUCAGGGACUUAGGUAA